GCGACAGGAACCAGAAUGGACGACUAACGGGGGGGGGAUGGGGGUGGGGCGACGUUUUCCUUGGUGUGCUAGCUAGCUGACAGGCUAGCUGACAGGCUAGCUGACAGGCUAGCUGACAGGCUAGCUGACAGGCUCACACAGCCAGCAGCGUCAGUAGCUGUCAAAAAUGAAAGACGCUAGCUCUCAAGGUAACGCUCACGGGGAGAUGUAUCUGCUUUACACAAUUAUCGCAUCUUUAGUUUGUUUUUUCAUUUUGAAAUGGAUGAAAAAGAGGAGGUAUUGCACCGACCUGAAAAGACUCGAUGGCAAAACAGUCGUUAUUACAGGUGGGCAGUCCGGCAUUGGCAAGGAGACAGCUGUUGCCUUGGCACUGAGAGGCGCCCGUGUCAUCAUUGCUUGCAGAGACCUGGACAAGGCUGAGAAGGCUGUGAGGGAGAUCAAGCUCAGGAGUCACAGUCUCAGCGUCCUUCACAUGGAGCUGGAUCUGGCCAACCUGCGCUCCGUACGGGAAUUCUGUAAGAGCUUCCUUCAGAGAGAGAAGAGGCUUGACAUCCUGAUCAAUAAUGCAGGCAUGCCCGGUGUCCUCGACUGGACAGACGAUGGCUUCAGCAUGUGUUUUGGCGUCAACCACUUAGGCCACUUCCUCCUCACCAAUCUGCUCCUGCCUCGCCUGAAGGAAUGUGCCCCCAGCCGGGUGGUCACCCUCACAUCCUCCGCCUACAAACACCAGAAGCUGGACUUCCAGGACCUCAACUACAACCUGCUGCCCUUCUUCACCUACUGCCGCAGCAAGCUGGCCAACAUCUACUUCAGUCAGGAAUUGGCCCGCAUCACGGAAGGGAAAGAAGUGACCUCCUAUGCUGUGCACCCAGGUUUUGUCCAAAGCGAUUGGACGUGCCACUACUCCAUCCUGUUCCGGAUGCUGAUGCAGGUGAUCAUGUGGAUGUUUUUUGUGCCGUGUGAGGUCGGAGCUCAGACUGUCAUCUACUGUGCUGUGUCAGAUGAAGCCGCCAAACACAGCGGGGGUUACUUUGUAGACUGCCAGCCCUCCACUCUGCGUCCUUUUGCAAGAGACGCUGGUGUGGCAAAAAAACUGUGGGAGGCCAGCGAGAGACUGGUGAAACUGGCCUGAUGGUGGAAGCUGGGAGAACAGGUUCUUUUGGUUUUAUUUUUUUAAAUGACAUAUUUAUGUUUUUCAUAAAUAUUUUUGUUCUAUACAAUGCAGAUUUAAAGAUUUAUUGUGCCAUUGUGUGCUUGUAUAUUUAAGAGGUAAUGUUUUUGUGGAUUAUCAGUUUUCCAUGCACAAAUAAAAGUCUAUUUAUUGUUUCCUGUACUUGGGUUGUAUAAAAUGUGAACUGAAAUGGUGAUUAAUUCCUAAAACAUGUUACACAAAAUGUAUGUAAGACCUGAUAUUUCUGUUAGUAGUUUUUUUUACUGUGCAUGUAUUUUGUUUGUUUUAAC